AUGGAGUUUGAUGAACAAGAGGAACAUGAAGAGGAGAUGGAGAUUCCGGAAACACCGAUGCCGGUGCCGGCGUGUUAUGACUCACUCGGAAACUCAGCUUCACGAUCAAAAAUCUCCGGUGGAGUUGACGGACGGAAAGGUAGCGGUAACGGUAACGGUGGUGGUUUUUCCUCAACGGUGAGGUAUAGAGAAUGUCAGAAGAAUCACGCUGUCAGCUUCGGUGGCCACGCCGUUGACGGUUGCUGCGAGUUCAUUUCCGCCGGUGAAGAAGGAACACUUGAAGCUGUGAUUUGCGCUGCUUGUAACUGUCACCGGAACUUCCACCGCAAAGAGAUCGACGGAGAAACUGUUAGUUCGUGUCAGCGGCAGCAACCUCCACCACCGCCGCAACCAUACCACCAAUUUCCACCUUACUACCACCGAGGUCCUCCUUCUACCUCCGGAUACCUCCACCACCACCUAGCAACUCCGGUGGCGCAUCACAGACCUUUGGCUCUCCCGGCUUCUGCUUCUGGCGGCGGAUUCAGUAGAGAAGAAGAUGAUAUUUCAAACCCUAGCAGCAGCGGCGGUGGAGGAAACGGUUCCGGUGGAUCAAAGAAGAGAUUCAGAACAAAAUUCACACAGGAACAGAAAGAGAAACUCUUAGCUUUUGCUGAAGAACAUGGUUGGAGAAUUCAGAAACAAGAUGAAGCUGCUAUAGAACAGUUUUGUGCUGAGAAUUGUGUGAAGAGAAAUGUUCUUAAAGUUUGGAUGCACAAUAACAAGAACACUCUUGGUAAGAAACCCUAA